AUGACGCCGGCAAUCAGUUUUGCGGUCGUCCUUGUAUUUUCGGCUACAUUCGUAACAGCAACGUCGGCUCUGGCACUCAAUGAAGCCGAGAAGCAGAGCGACUCCCCCAGCUCGCCGAAGGCAUCUACCAUGCGCCAAAUGGAACGCCAGCUUGAGGCACCCUUUGCCCCGCCCCCGCCGCUAGCCGUGACUACAUCUUCAUUCAAUUGGUGGCCAUAUCCAUUGGCAACAUCCACGCCCGUCGCCCAACCCAUAUAUACCAUGAAUCCGGGGAUUCCUCCACCGCCACCGCCACUACCGACACCCCCAUCACCAAUUAUAGUGUCUUUUCCGCUAGCGUCCACUUUGGCGACCGACACUACCACGACGUCUUCAUCCCCUUUUACUUCUUCAAUCACCACCCAGUCGACAUCUUCAUCUUCAACACCGAUGUCUUCAUCAGUUGCUUGCACUACGUCGGAUUGUCCAUCCUCUGAGACAUCUACUCUUGUUCACAUCAGUGCCCAGCCUCCCCUCCCCAGUGCCUCUUCGACGGCCAAAACGUUCCCCAAGCUCAAGCCAACUGCCCUCAGCGCAAAAGCCGCUCGUACGAAAGUGGUGAUAAUAUGUGCUUGCGCGGCCGUUGGCUUGAUCGCAGGUUCUGUAUUAGCGUGGUUCUGCUUCGGUUGCUGCAUGGCGCGCCGACGUCGUAUGGGAGGAUUCUUCCGGACAAGACGCAGGGAUGCUCUCCAAGCCGGCCCAGCUUACGCCUGGGAUGCCGCCUCCGUAGAUAUCAUGACAGCAGACCAAGAAAAGCGCGGUGUCCCCGAGGUCCACGAAGCUAACAACCUCUCGCGCGGACCAUCAUCGUUUAGCUGGGACAUUCCUACGCGCGCGCCGUUUAUGGAGGAACGACGAGAAGAAGGGCAGUCUUUCCUUGCUCCAGCGCUCCCAAUCAAGGAUCGGCCAUCUCGUACACAAACGCGCAAGUCCACCCGUUCGGCGAUGCGCAGGAACACUACAAAAUCAGUGUAUAGCACAUUGACGGGCUACGAGGCGUCGCCAGACCCUAUGUCUCUCCUGUCGGAUCCGGAGGACGAUGAGGAAGUGCUUAUGGUUAGGAAGACGAAGCCUUACGAGAGUUUGAGGAAGGGGAGCAAGACUAUCCGCAGGGAGCUGCUGGAACGAGUUAGGCAGACGUCUGGCUCGUCAUCAUUACCCAGGGCAGCAGGGGCUCAUAGUGCGAGAAGACGUGUUAGUCGUGGGCACACUAGGUUAAAUUCUGAUAUGAUAGUUGACGGUGGGCUGGCGAAGGAGUUGAGCGUGGGCGAGGCGGUGGAUGAGACCCAGUGGGUCGAGGGAAGCGGAUUCCGUAUCGUCGAAGAAGAGUUCAAGUCGGCGUGGGAUGCGGUGGGGCAAUGGGCGAAUAAAAGUCGCAGCGGGAGUGGAACGAGUAGCCCAACCCAAGACAAUGAUCGGAAAGGUAUCUUCAGCAGCUGGGUGGGAUCUGCCCGUGCCGAAGAAGAUCGAUACACACCGAUUCCCACUCGGUCGAGCCCCUCGAAGUCUAGCACGAGGUCAAAUCGACCGACUCGAUUCCAACCACGCGAAACGCGAGGCGCGCACGGGGAGAGGAAGGAGCGACCUGGCGUGCCGCGCGUUGAUUCCUCGGUUUUGCCGAGAAGUCCGCCGCAGAUUAUGUCCCCGCCAUUGGCAAGUCAGCUGUUCUUCACGCCGCAAAUCCCGCAGGAGCCUUCGGGCGACCCCAAUCAUGCUCAUUGGAGGAGAUGA